AUGGUUUUAUUUCAUAGAAGUCUUGAGCAGCUUCGCUAUGGCAUCGAGCUUCUACAGGACCACCUAUUGUCAACAAGAUCUGACUUAAGCCGACUUUCGAGCAACUUGGCAGAAAUCCUAGAUUGUUACUAUGAAAUGGUGCAAAAUAAAUAUAAAGAGGAAUUCUCAGAACCGAUAAUUGAUAUACUCAGCGAUGUUAAAAUAAUGGAGAUUUUGGUAGAAGUAGAAACCAUGACGAAGUCAUUAGUACCCACAUCUACUCGCGCACUUAGUGAAUGGAUCACUAACAUUCACAAUACUUCUGUUGUUACCAUGGAGCAGAUUGGUGUAAGUGCAAACCAAACCCUCACACUGAUAGAAGAAGCAAAUGUCUCUAUGUCAGCACUGAUGGAUUUGGUUAAUAAGGCUCUCAUAUUAGUCGCCAAUAAAACCACUGAGCUACAAACGAAAGUUAGCGAUAUUUACAUGGAAAAGAAUGUCAAACAUCGUGUCACCGAUCUACUAAGCUACACAUUUGUCAUGCCAAUCGCUAUGAUCGGUCUCUCUUCUUUCGGGCUUACAAUGGUUGUUGUUAGGUACAAAAAACGCCCGUAGUG